UGUAUUUUGUUUUGGUGUGUUUCGUGUUUCAGAAACCGCGCUUUUGAAUUUGAAGCUUAUGUAAAAGUCUCCAACACGGACGUUAUCCUGUUUUGUUGUUUCUUUUUAGCUUGCAACAACUUGAUCGUUCCUCAAAUGGCAAGCCCAAACCAUAUCACAUUUACAUUUGGUUAGCCACAAUUUAAAUAUUGUCCAAUGACAAAUGGACACGACGCAAGAAAACAGUAGGCGACAAAAUAAAUAAUUAAGCAGAAUAAAUCUCUUUUAUGAAACAAUUUCACUGAAUAACCGACAUGCUAUUCAGUUCAUAAUUGCGAGUCUGCUUAUAUAGACACGUUCGAUAAGCGAGUUUCGAACCUAAAUAACAGUUCACUUAGGCUAUGCAUUAAAUUCGAUGUGAAUGAACACAGAACUCGUAGACUCAACGUGGACUUGGCUCUUGUGAUUUCAGUCGUACAGCGACAUCUGGAGGUGAAUGUGCUCGAUAAAGAGCCUAUAAGACAACGUAUCGUGUAUUUUAGGUUAUUUAUGUUAAUCAUUUUAGCACACUUUAAUCAAUAAUACAUAUGCAAAUAUACUAUUUCGAAAUGUUUAACAGCACAAAGUUUAAGACAUUUCCUUAAACCCAACGCAACUCACUGUCUAUUCUAAUACAAACAGCAGCUGAUUUAAUUCGGCAAACAAUAAUCCAUUAAUAACACCAAAAUGCUCCCAGAUAAUAACGUACUGAUAAAUACAUUCAUGUAAUAUUAUAUUAUUUUUUUAUCUAUGCUGAGUUACCGAGAGGGAGAAAAUUUGGUUUUGCUGGAAGGAUGUAGGCCCACAGAAAUGAGGGCAGUUUAUGUUUAUCAGAUUUGUGAGUCUACUGUUUAGAGGAUCCCCAUAAUAGAGAGAUACCAAUUUUGAGCUAUGUUUGUAAAAGAUAAUAAUAAUAAUAAUACUAAUACUACUACUACUACUACGACUACUAAUAAUAAUAAUAAUAAUAUGUACUUACACAUUCAGUAUCGAGCAUGAAUAUAUCCACAGCUAAGAUAUUUUUUUUUCUUGAAAUAAUGUUAUUUAUGCCAGCAAAACAAAUAUUACAUUGAUAUAUCAUUGUGACAUUAGUCGAUUACAAAGGCGUUAUAUUCUCUAAAAGUUCCGGUCAAAUUAUAUUCGACCAUGUCGUGGUCUAUUUUUUUAAUUGCUUUAUACACAUUAUUAAUUGUUUGAUAUACAGCUUUAAGGUUGGAGAUUUUUUUUAGGGUUAAGGAUUGAUGUAAAGUGUAUGUAACGGAGAGUAAGCCAUCGUUUGAUCAAGCACUUGAAUGAAGGAGUCCUGCAAGGGGAGGAGCUUGCCCGUGAACCACAGUCGCUAUUGGGCUCUGGGCUGGAAGGAGCCUGCGAGCGCCGAGCUGGCUGAAAAACGAACCGUGAGCGAUCUUUUCGCCUUGGCAAAAAUAUGCCGUAGCAGUGUCAUACUCUGAAAGGUCUGUUUUCGCGACCGCCGAGGUUAAUUCUUUGGCUAGCCAAAGUCCAAAGGGACACUUGAGCAUGACUCAACAAGACGCCCGCCCUGACACGGACUGUCAAUUGCAGACUAACUGGGCAAUACUGUCAGAGUCUUUAGCAUUCCAGAGAUUAAACCAGCAUCAUCUGUCACCGGUACAGGAAGCUAUGGCUCUUUCGCGGCACCAAAUCCACCAUGGAGCUAGGACCUGGGAAGAUUCAUGCUUGAGUUCUGCUCGAUUUCCACAGGUCAGCGCAUGUCCUUUUAGUGAAUUAGGUCGAAAAACCGUCUCGUAUCUUACCCUGGACUCGGACAGAAAUUCAACGCAGCAGCCUCUUGAUGUCCCAGUGUUCAGUAGAUUCAUGACAGAGGUGGGCUCCUUGAACAACACUGGCCACGUCUCGGGCUAUUUCCGUCCGGAACCGUCCUGUUACCCCGGACACAAAACCCCCACAUCGCAUAGCACUGCCGGCGCUCUCCCAGUCAGCCUGCCGCAUUCCCACCAGUUGUACAAUAUAAGCUUCUCACGGCAACCUUAUCCGGACUCUGACAACAAACCUAUAAGCCAUAACUUGACAUUCGACUGCACAGAAUGCCCAAGCCAAGGGAGCGAAAGCUGCAGAAGUCGGGACGCUACACUCGUCACUUCAGACAAAAGUCAAAGCAACACAGACGCCACAGAGCCGCCUUGUUUACAGCCAGACAAACCUUUUAUAGACCUUUUCGAGGACACCAAACCUCCCCGAGACGAGGCACAAGCUGAAGACGUGACCUUCGAUAACGCUACGAGUGGCUGGUUGUCGGCGAAAGCGGGGAGGAAGAAGCGGUGUCCUUACAGCAAACACCAAAUCCUGGAACUUGAAAAAGAAUUCCUCUUCAACAUGUACCUGACUCGAGAGCGCCGCCUGGAGAUCAGCCGCAGCGUCAAUCUCACUGACCGUCAAGUUAAAAUCUGGUUUCAAAAUCGCAGGAUGAAACUAAAGAAAAUGACGCGGGAGCACAGGACGAGGGAUGCGGGCACUCAUUUAUCAAUGUGAUUUGUUGUGGGUCAUUGUAUAGACUUACCAAGACUGUAGCCAAUACAGCAAGGACUGAAUGUUCAGCACACUUGUUGGAUUACGUUAAAGCUGACGGAUUAGACAACUGUUUUCACAUGAAGACGAGAGCAUUUUCUCAGCAUUGCCAACAGAACGCUUUUCAAAAAGGUUCAGUGCUGGCUUUUAAAAUCUUUCAUGAACUUACGUGCACUUUAUUCCUUCCAUUUGAGGCAUUUCUUCUUCCCUCAAAAGAGACCAAAUAGUUUUCUUCUCAUUCCAUCAUCAAGACUGUUGUUCACAGUUUAUGUAAAGAAAACCACGAGAUUAUUUAUCGGUUUUAUUUAUUAUGGAUAGGGCGAGCAAAUAAAGUGGGGCCCAAUAACAAAAAUAGCACAAUAAGUGGCAAGUUAAAACAGAAAAUAAAGCAUGGCUGCAUCAAGCACAGGUAGAUUAGUUUUUGGGAAGCUGAAAAUUAAUUAUAGUUGGAGGUAAAGUUUGUCUGCUUCCAUGCCUUGGAUGUUUUUUUUUUCAGCCGCUACUGGUUGUAUUUGAUUAUUUCUGAUUAUUAGUAAUUUUCGAUGUGGAAAAUAUGGUAUUUUGAAAUAUUAAUAAUAAAUGUUGUAGAUAAUCAUACAAGUAUGAAGCCUAUUAAAAAUUCUCAAUAGAACAUUUCCCAAUAUUUUGAUGUGAUUUAGCACGAAAUCUGAUUUAUUGCAUUCAAUUGCCUAGUGCACUGCAAAAAUGUUUUCGUGUUUUAACAAAAAAAAAAAAAGAAAAAACAGGCGGCUUAGAAAAAGUUUUGAAUGAACUUUUGUGAAUCAAAAGAAUGUAGAACAGAAUUUGGAAUGUUCUGUUGAUUAACUUUUCACUCAAAAAUUAAAAAGCAGCCAGGUUAAUUACAUUUCUCUUUUUUGACGGUGUAGUCCCACUACAGUAGAUCAGAUUGCGGACACUAAAUGCGUGUAUUACCCAUGUGUGGUCCAUAUAUUGCAUUUUUUACAUGGAGAAACUGAGUUGACUGAUUUACUUUUAUUUUGUUUUUAUUAUUAUAUUUUAAACCAGAAAACCAUGUUUUGAAAUUAUGCUAGAAGGUAUUCACUUAUCAGGUUUUAAUUUAGAAAUAUUUAAUUUCAACUGAUGCUAGGAGAUAUUCGCUUUAGCUGGUUUUGAAAAAAGUUACUACAGCGAUAACAUCUAUAAGUGACAUGUCUGACUGGUGUACACUCAUUUCCUUUUUGACGCACAGCAGUAUUGCAUAUCGUUGAGUUUUAACAUGUCUAUCGGAUUCCAGAAAGAAGACAAGCUAGUAGAUCUCCAAUUGGAAUUCGACAGGUUAAAGUCAGAUUUAAAAAAAGCCCAUAAUAACGUUUCCUACAUUUAAAUAAUGGCUCAAUGCUGCUGAUAAAACCGAGAAUGUAAUCUUAGUUACUGAGUGUGCGCGUGCACAACAGAUGUCUUUGCUUUUUCUGGAAUAAUUGUUGAACUCUGCCUCGUAAUCUUGAAAAUACAACCGUACGAAGUUCAAAAGUCAAGUUGCAAACAACAGGAUGUUCAAGGAUUUAUUAAUUCAGCCCACAUGGCCUACUAUCCUGAGCCCUUGUUGAAGACCAGUGAAACGUCCGCCUUAAAGAAACGUUAAUAGAUUAUCUUUGUCUUGGAAAGGCAGGAGAGAAUUGACCUUGUGUAUAUCUCUCAGGGAAUGCAUGGAAAGACAUGGCAAUUUACCAAUAUCAAACGGAGACAUGACCUUCAUGUUAUUCUAAUGUCAGAGAAGUUUUGCCUUCCAUCUCUGUUUGAAGCGAAGUUAAAAUGUAUCUCUAUUAUGGUGUGUACCUUUCAUUUUUCCCAGGAUGCGCAGCUCGCUCUGAAUGGUUGGAGCGUUAAAAAAUAAUUUAGAACAUAUGUGGAUACAACGCACAAAAUACAGCCUGCUGCCCUUUUGUUUGAGCCAGUGACUACGUAUGUGCUUUUGGGAGUCGCCAUGUUUGGAGUCCACAGUUCCCAGCGUCAUUGGCCACACAGGGCCCCCCUUUUUAACAGGGGCAAUUGAGUCGCUUUUUAUUACUAAGCCAGGCUGCUAAAGUCAAAGGACCGGAUGUGCUUGUGAACUUAAAUGACUUUAUACCGGGUAACUGCUUGAACAAUCCCCUGAAAUUUCGGCAUCAUAAAUUAAUUUAACCUCACAACAUGUGCAUGUUAACAGCAUCAUUCUGGGCUCUAUAUAUUGUUUUAUCUUCUUUUUGCUUUAAUGUAUAUGUCUUGUGGUGUUAGUUGUACACUCUGAAGAGACACAUGAUUCCCUGCAUUUGGACUACGUUGCUAAAAUCCGAGUGGACUCUCCAGCACUCCAGCUCCGUGUUUCUCUCCGCUUGCCGGCCCUCGUCCACAGUUUCGUCUUUGAACGCACAGAAGGUCAAGCUGGUGUGUGAUUUAGGUAGUUUCACGUUGUUGGGCUGGACGUUUGAUAACACAGGAACCUGAAACUGCCUGGAUUACUCCAGCUGAUACACACCAAUGCACCGCCGUAACCAAGAGUUGUCCCUAAUAAAGAACCUAAGAUAAUUUGUGCAAAAUUAUACGCUUAUAACAGUUUUAUCUUUUGUCUCUAGCAGAUCCAAAACAGCUUGCUGACAUUAACCGACCUGUUGCACGCAGAGCAGCGUGGAGGCCUGGUAUGACUUAUCCAGUCCGUUCCUUUGCGAUCAUCGGUUCAUUUACAAACAUAAUACCUUUUAUGAAUGUUUCAGCGCGCAGCAGUUGUAAAUCUUACCACCCAGAACACAUCAGACUUCUUCAUUUUCACACGAACUUGUUUUAACUCCUGGCCGUGGAGUUGACUAAUAUAUGUCUGAAGGCAUGGUUUAGAAAAAGCUUCUUUUGAUCAGUUAUGGUAUUAAUCUUUCAUGCAUUGAUUUGUGAUUUGCAGCCAUGAUAUCACUGUGACAAACUGUGACAUAGUCUAAAAAUGGCUAGAAAGACAUUGUCAGCUAAUGUGAUGAACUGCUAGGUCAAAUAUGCAUAGCUAAUGAGAAAAUCUAAUGAAAAUAAAGAACAGUUUAAAUUAA